GGUGCUGUCUGAGACCGAGAGUGGUUUGUCUGAGAAAGGUUAUUUCAGAAGUUCUUAUUUUCAAGCAAGAUGUUCUUGUUUUGUUCUGCACAGUGUUUAACAGCUGAUUCAUGAUUAUGCUUUGUUGCUUUCCAAUUUUUUUUAUAGUGUUUAUACUGCGUAGUGAUCAAGGCAUUGUUUUUUAGUUGAUUAAUUGUUGAAUAUAAUACAAGUUUUGUUGACAAAGAAACAACUUCAUUGUUGUAGUUUACGUCACACUGGGCACUGCUCUUUGUUCUUGUACAUUUGAGAUAGAUUGCCACAAUUUCUCUAUUCUCUUGCUCACUUGCAGCUAGCAGGUUGAUUAUUUAGUAGGAAACCACAAAAUAGGUCUAAUAAUGAAAUAUUACUUAUUAUUUUUUUCUUUGUUUUUUCUAAUUUAUUGUGCUAUUUGUGAGGAUGUUCCUGACAUCAUUGGUGAAGAAUCACCAGUUUCUGAAGUAGCUGUCACCACAGAAGUUGCUCCUUGCACCGGUUGUGAAACAAUUUUGAACUCUGAUAAUAUUGAUUUGGAGAUACUUGUCAAGGAAAACCUUGAUCAAGACUACAAGUUCUUACGCAUUAUCCGAGCCACGAAACUGGUAGAGGAUAAAGUAGUGUACAAAGUACAGUUGGAGGCAAAUUCAAGAACGUGUAAUCCAGCAACUGAUAAAUGCACAGUGGAAUGCAACUUGGAAUUCGUGAAGAGUGUGCCCUACGACACCAAGCCUGCUCUGUCCUCACAAAUCUGCGUCAACUAUGUGCGGGAGGAUGUGAAUGUUGCAAACACACUGAAAGAAAGAGCGAACGCCUCUGAUAUAUUAGACUUUCUAGAGUCUCUUGACGACCAGUCUCCUCCCUCACAACAAAACCCGGUUUCUUUGGAAAGUUCUCGUAAAAGAAGAACUCUCACCGAAACUGAGAUCCAAUUUCAUUUAGAUUUGGAGAAAUUCAAGGAUUUCGUUAAAGAACACAAGAAGAUCUAUAAAACUGAAGAGGAAAUGAAGAAGCGUUUCAGAAUAUUCAAAGCUAAUUUAAUGAAGAUUAAAUUCUUUCAAGAAAACGACCAGGGCACUGCUGAAUAUGGACCAAACGAAUUUUCAGAUCUCACUGCUACAGAGUUCAAAGAGAGAUAUCUUGGAUUGAAAGUUGACCUCAGAGCAAAGGAUGCCAAACCCAUGAAAAAAGCCGAAAUACCAAAGGAUGUGCAGCUUCCAGUAUCUUUUGAUUGGCGUGAUCACGGAGCUGUUACACCAGUAAAAAACCAGGGUUCGUGUGGAUCGUGCUGGGCCUUUGCAACUACUGGAAAUAUUGAAGGUGUAAAUGCCAUCAAGACGGGAAAUCUUGUUUCUCUAUCUGAACAAGAACUUCUUGACUGCGACACAAUUGACUCGGCGUGCAACGGCGGACUGCCAUCGAACGCAUACGAGGCAAUCGAAAGCAUUGGCGGCCUGGAGAGUGAGAGCGACUACCCGUACGACGCGGCGCACGAGAAGUGCAAGUUCAACAGCUCAGAGGUGAAGGUGUCAAUCUCAGGCGCAGUCAACAUCACCACCAACGAGACCGAAAUGGCCAUGUGGCUCGUCAAGCACGGACCCAUUGCUAUUGGAAUCAAUGCCAAUGCCAUGCAGUUCUACAGGGGAGGUGUCUCGCAUCCUUGGAAAUUCCUGUGUAACCCAGGUUCUCUCGACCACGGAGUACUGAUUGUUGGAUUUGGAGUUCACAGGACCCGAUUUACUCACAAGGAAAAGCCUUACUGGAUAAUUAAGAAUAGCUGGGGAAAGAGAUGGGGUGAGAAGGGAUACUACAGAGUGUAUAGAGGUGAUGGUUGCUGUGGAGUCAAUCAGAUGGCGUCUUCUGCUUUGAUCAAUUAGUUAUAGUGUUUGUAGGCUACAUUACGACCGAUGAACAAUAUCAGUAGAACAACCUUCCAAAGCAAUCAACAAAUCUCAUUGUGAUUUAUUAAUUACGAUUCUUAAUAAUUAAUUUUGUAUGUAAAAGUAAUUUUUAUAGCAUUAUAUUGAUCAAAUAAUAGUGUUGUGUGUAAUUUUCUGAGUGAGUACAUUAAAACUGUGAAAAACUCA